GUGUAUGCGUGUGAAAGAGAGGCAGAGGAGAGAGAGAUAAUCUGUCCAUUUUGUGUCUCCUGCCUCCCCCCUUUCUCUCCCCCCCUGGCCCCCUGGCUGCCAGGCGUCACACCAGUUUAUAAUAAGGACCCCAAAAAAAGUUGUCGAGCGAACCGAGUGAAAGAGAGAGAAAAAACGGAACCCUUCCCACUCUCCAAAAAUCACGGGGAGUGACUGUGACAGGAGGAAGGGGACAGACAGACAGAGAGAGAGGGAGAGAGCUGAAGAAGCCCUCGUAGGACUUCAUCACAUUUCUUUCAGGACUGCGCGGACCACAAACGGACCACAACCUAAUCACCAAACCUGGACUGAUAAUCAAUAGCGGUGAUUAGUCGCGGAGUGAGACCUGUUGUGGGGAGACUCUUGGAGGAGCAUGCGGCUCGGUUUACUAUUCAGGCUCUAUGUGCUGUGGGGCUUUGUGGUGGUCACGACCUCCGUGACCAAGGCAGCCAAGAGGAAGGUGGCAGGCAGACGGUCCAGACAGGUGUUUGACGCAGAGCCUGUGGAGGGGGUGUGGUCAGUCUGGGGGGAGUGGUCUGAAUGCUCUCAGACCUGCAGCGUAGGCGUCUCACAGAGGAGCAGGAAGUGUUUACCUCCUCCACCUCCCCAGAACCCUCCCCUCUCCCACUCUCCACCUAACUGGGCAGGUUAUGUGCCCGGAGGCAUCGGAGGUCCUGUCAUCUCACCUUUGCGCCCCUUUUACUCUCCUCGUUACCCCGGGCAACACCAGCCUUAUCACUCCCCAUCAAUCCCCACCCAUCACAACCCGGGGCUGCCUUUGUAUCGGAAUACCAAUACCGGGGGAGGAGUAGGAGGAGGAGGAGGAGGUGGAGGUGGAGGAGCUCCUGUACCAGGACAGGCCAAUCCAAACCCUCCUUAUUACCAGCCAGAAUUCCCCCCAACCAGUCAAGACCAUGUGUCUGUUUACCGAUCGCCCUACCAUGCCCCUUCACACGGCUACAACCAGCCAGCACGCAUCAUCAGGAGACCAACCAAUCCAGGAACAGCGAGGGCUGCAGGGAGCAGAAGGUCGAUCUCUGCCAAUCGGGACGGUUUGCCUGCGAGGAGGCCUUCUGCCAUCCGUCCGGGUCAGUUUGGGUACGGCAGAGUCCCGUUCUCUCUGCCUUUGCAUCGUCCCAACCGCCAGGCUCGCCACACUAUUAACGGCACUGAUGCUGAAACACCAACUGGAGUCAGUGAAGAUGACGUAGACAGGACAGAGGAAGAGGUGACAGGGAGUGAUGGAGAAGAUAGUGAGGCAGGGAGGCGUGACGAGGAGGAGGAGGGCACAGAGGGGCCUGCUGCUGAGGAGUUUCCCACGACAACCACCACAACUGGCAACCCACACCGCCGUGUUGACCGACCCCCACAAACCAACACAGAGCAUGUGAGGGCAAGAGAGCGAGCCCCACCCUCUCACCCCUUCUCACGCUCCUCAUCACCAUCUUACCUAUCCAGCCGCCAUCGGUUUGAUUGGCACUCUGUCACUGCCCCGCCUCCUCCCGUCCCUCCUCUGUCCCGACCAAACUCCCCCGCCGUCUCGUCACCUUUUUCCCCUCCUCUCCACCGCUCCAGUCCAGUGCACAGAGAAAGGGAGCUCCACCCAGGCUUCAGCCCCCACGCCCCCCAUGCCCCACCACCUGGCGACAUCUACCCGCUACAGCACCCCCACCUCCCGCACCUGGGAGUGGAACCAGGCAGGGAUGGAGGAAGAGGAGCUCCCCAGGUGUACAGAUGCCCUGGGCCAGAGAAGGAGUACCGCAGGUGCUUUUCACAGGUGUGUGGAGCGGGUGCAUUGGACUCCAGAGCAGAGCAGUGUGCAGCCUUUAACACCCAGGAGUUCAUGGGUCGCCUUUACGACUGGGAGCCUUUCACUGAGGUUGGUGUGGACAAACAGUGCGAGCUGACCUGCAGGCCUGCCGGCUAUCGUUUCUACGUCCGCCAGGCCGAGCGCGUCAGAGAUGGCACCCCUUGCUUCAACGUCAGCUCAAACGAUGCAUGUGUAGAGGGUCGGUGUCUGACCGAGGGCUGCGAUGGCAUACUGGGUUCCGGCUCUGUGAUUGACAAGUGUGGAGUGUGUGGUGGGAAGGAGAGCUCCUGUCGAAAGGUGACGGGAAGCUUCCAGAAUGUCACAGUUCCCCUUGGUUACUACAAAAUCCUGGACAUCCCACCCGGGGCUACAUUCAUCAACAUUACAGAGAGACGAGCCAGCCCCAAUUACCUGGCCAUGAGGAGCGGCACCGGGGCUUCGGUGGUGAAUGGCCGUUGGGCUGUGGACCCUCCGGGGGAUUACCAGGCAGGAGGGACCACCUUCACCUACACCCGACCUAGAGCACAGGCAGACGGGGAGGAAGAGAGAGGCGAGUCCCUCAGGGCUCCAGGACCAACCACCACACAGCUUCAGCUAUAUAUCAUUUUCCACAAGGAGAACCCGGGCAUCGACUACGAGUUUUACAUCCCUGUGGAGAAGGAGGCAGAGAGAGAGAGGCUGACGGAGAGGGAGAGGGAGGUACCCAGAGAGAGGCCGAGGGAGCGAGAGCCAGCGAGGGCACCCCUUCGCAGUCCUCUCACAGUGUCAGUUGAAGACCCUCUCCCUGCUCCUCCCCCUAUUUCGGUCCCUUCUUUCCCCUCCUCUUCCUCCUCCUCUAGCUCUGUGUUUUCUCCCCCCUCCUCGGACCGAUGGACACCUGGAAGGUCACGUACUCGGAGCUCUGCGCCCAAUAGGAAUGCUCGCAUCCCCCCUCGCACUGACCUGCCACCAGACACUCAGCCACCAUUUGUGUGGAGGAGAGGAGGACUCACAGAGUGUUCUGCAUCCUGUGGCAAAGGUUUUCAGAACAGAAUCAUUCUGUGUAUAAACCGCCACACAGACGAAGAAGUCCCAGACAGGAAGUGUGACUCUGCAGCCAAGCCGGUUCCUGAGGAGGAGCCCUGUAACACAUUUCCCUGCCCACCAUUCUGGGAGGCCAGUUCAUGGUCAGAGUGCAGCGUCUCCUGUGGCCCCGGGAUGCAGCAGAGGCAGCUCCAGUGCAGGCAGAGCUUUGGGAACCGCUCCACUAUGGUACACCCUCAGCGCUGUGCCAACCUCACCCCACCAGAGUCCACGCAGGCAUGUCAGCUCAGCGUGUGCUCCCACUGGGAGGUCAGCUCCGAUUGGAGCACGUGCUCAGUGGACUGUGGAGUCGGGAGGAGGACGAGGAGCGUGCGCUGCGUCAGCGAUCAAGGCAGCGAGGUGAACGAGAAGGAGUGCAACUCCAGGAUUCGCCCACGAGGAACUGAGGAGUGCAACAUGGGCCCCUGUGUAACCAACUGGUACUUCACCGACUGGUCCAACACUUGUUCUGCGCCGUGUGGCCCCGGGGUGCAGAAGAGGGAGGUGGUGUGUCUGACUCGAGGAGGAGUCAGGGAGGGAGGAGGGGCAGGGGACUGUGUUGGGGAUAAACCGGCAGAGAUGAAGGCCUGCAACGGGGGUCCCUGUGUGCCGACAACCAUUUGGUACAGCAGCCCCUGGACACAGUGUAAUGUCCCCUGUGGGAAUGGAACCCAGCGACGAGACAUCAUUUGUGUCCAGAGGAUGGGGAAUGAUUUUUCUGUCGUACCAGUCAGCGAGUGCGCUCAUCUGGACAAGCCUGCCGCGGUCCAGGAGUGUGAGAUGGGAGAGUGUGAGCCACAGUGGUUCACAACAGAGUGGAGCGCGUGCUCACGUUCGUGUGGAAAAGGCUUACAGAUGAGGGAAGUACGGUGUCUGACACCGAACAAAAAGCACAGUCAAGAAUGUGACUUGGACACCAAACCUGCACAGGAGCAAAUCUGCAACACAAUACCCUGCAGUCCACAAGUCGCAGAUGAAAACUGCCGGGACAGACGUCACAACUGUGUGAUGGUGGUUCAGGCCAGGCUGUGCGUCUACUCCUACUAUAAGACCAACUGCUGCGCCUCGUGUACCCAGAGUGCUCAGCGGGCCAAGAGGCACUGACCAGCCAAUCACACAGACAGCCCAGGUGUGCCAGAAGUCAAGGAUGAGGUCAAAGGGCUGAUCACCCCCGACAUGAUAAACCUGUAGAAAGGACAGCCCAGUGUAGACAUAUUCCCUGUGAUGGCCGUCAGAUAACAUUUAGCUAUUUUCUCCUGAUUCUUCAGGUAAAACACUGUGAAAGCAGCUGGUUCCUUUUUCCCAGUUCUCUGUAUACGAUCUCAUAUCGUCUAUUAGAACCACGUACUCCACUGAGAUUGCAUCUGUUUACUUUGUGCGUUAGCUUUAACAGGUUCGUAAUGUGUCACACACGGGGCUGGGUGACACAUUCGCUGCAGUUUCAACUCUCAUUUCUAAGGCUGAGAGAUUAUAAAGGAAGGUGCUCACUAUGGACACAGCUGUGUUUCAACAGCAAAUUUAGCCUCUUUUUUUUAAGAUUCUUUUUAAUCUAUGGGAUCUUAAAACAGACGUAAUUAGACAUGCAUACCACUAAUUAUGAAAAGAAACGUGCUGAACAAAUAAUUACCAUGUGUGCUAGACAAACUGUGUAUACUGUAGUGCUACGUGUGCUGAGGAUCUACUGGAAUAGAUCUGCUGUGUGCACCCAGCUCAGCUAGAAGGAUUUCAUUAACAUAUCGUACGUCUUUUUCUGUUUGCCAAAAAAUUCUCCUCAAACGUCCUCUUAUUGUCGAGUUCAGUAUUUGGACAGAUGAACCAAAGGAGUGGGGUGACCAUGGCAGUACGUGACCAAAUAUAUCAGAGCGGGAAGAGGUGAGAAUCCUCCCAAACUAGAAGGAUGAGACAUGAGACAUGGACGUUAAAGAUAGACUAUGCAGGAUUUUCCUAAAACAAAUACAGACUCAUACAGAAGUAAUCCCUCUCCAUCUUCACUUAUGACCCACUAAAAGUGUGUGGCGGUGCUUGUAUUUUCUUAUUUCCUUUUAUUUUCUGUGCACAGGACGUUUAUAGGCGUGUACCCUCGCAGUGCUCAGGUGAGGGCGGGGGUUUAUGAAAGGGUAGCAUCAGGAUGUCAGACAGUAAGCGGCAGGCAUCCAAGAGACACUGCACCAAAAAAUUUUAAAUGUAGCGAAGCAAAACGCCAAACAAGAAUAAAUCUAGGGUUGUCUUUUACUUUCAAUGGCGAGUGUCUUUACAAACAGUAACCAACAAUCCUGCAUAGUUUACCUUUAAACAAGCAGCACAGACUCUGCACAGUCCUUCAACAUAUUCAUGUCAGUUACAUACACAUGUAGUGAUUUUAAAGAGGAAACAGACAACUUCUUAACUUUUCACUCCCUCAAAUUUUUAAGUGGUGUUAUUGUUGGUGCCGCUGCCACAGUCGACACACUCCCUUUGUGCUGUAAAAUGAGCCGUAAUUUUCCUAGGAGACCAAGAUGGUGUCAUUAUUCUAUAGCCAUUACAUAUGCAAUCCUCAUUUACUUCAUAAUGAUCAAUUAAAGCUAAAGACUUGUCUGUUUCACUUUAAAGAGAGCUGCUGGUGUGAAGACUCACAGUUUUUUCUUUUUACUAAACUAAAGCUGCUGCUCACUGAAUAACCCACACACACACACACACACACACACACACACACACACACACACACACACACACA